ACGGCACUAUUCAAAUGGGUUUUACUUAACUUUGUUUUAUCGUAUUUAAUCACAUUACCCAAUUUACCGUACCUCAUACAGCGAACGACUGUAUAUGUUAAUUUGGACACCCCUAACCUGUCCGCAUAUUUGGCUUGCGUAGCCUCCAUGCGUGCUUUCCGCCCCCUCCCUCCUUGUUCGAAGUUGGAUUGCUCUGGGCUAGAUUAAGUGGCUCCUCCUGCCUGGAUUCCGCCAUGUUCGGGUCUGGUCUGUUUUGGGGAGUGGGGUUUUGAGCGCUACGCUGGAGCACACAUUUCAGCUCAGCUUGGCGCAAAAUGUGCGCCUGUCCGUGCCAGUCGGAUAUCCAUGUGCAUAUUGUGACGAAGAGGGGGCCCUAAGUGUGCGUACUGCUCUGUGGUCAAGGGACCGGACACCGUGCGCCCAGGAAACCGUGUUUUGACGACCCGACAGGGGCUCGCUGCCCUCCGAGCCCCGCUCGCCGCCGGUAUGUUUUCCAAAAAACCCCAUGGUGAUGUGAGGAAGUCCACGCAAAAGGUGCUGGACCCGAAGAAGGAUGUGCUGACACGCCUGAAGCAUCUGCGGAUAGUGAUCGAAAAUUCUGAAUCGGUCGAUCUGAAGCAUUUCUUUGAGCAGAACUACUCCCAUAUCUAUUACGUAUUCUUUGAGAACUUCGUGACGAUCGAAGCCAGCCUGAAACAGAAAGGUCACAAAUCGCAAAGGGAGGAGUUUGACUCUAUUCUCUUUAUAUUUGAGAAAAUACUUCAGCUGCUCCCGGAGAAAAUACAGGGGCUAUGGCAGUUUCACAGCAUUGGGCUGAUCCUGAAAAAGCUGCUCCACAGUGGCAACUCCUUGAAGAUUCGGCGGGAAGGCGUGCGCCUCUUCCUGCUAUGGAUGCAGGCACUGCAGACCAAUUGCCAACAGGAGCAGCUCUGGCUGUUCGCCUGUCUGAUUCCUGGCUUCCCAGCUCCCAUAUCUGAGCACGGCCCACGGACACUGGACGGACUGAUCAACCCCCCACUUAGCCUCCAGGAUAACCAAGUCACUCCUGAAGAGAUCAGUCCCCUGGUGUCUCCCCAGUCUGGAGACAAAGGCCAGGAGGACCUCACUGGAUAUUUCCUAGAAGCACUUUUGAAAUACAUGGUAAACCAGGCUAAGAGUCUGGAGUGGAGAUGCAAGGAGAACCACGAGAAGGGCUUCGCCUUUCUGUUCGGCAUGUUUAGGAAGUAUUACCUCCCACACAUCUUCCCGAACUUUGCCAAGGAGACCAGUCUGUUCAACCCGAUUCUGGAGGUUCCACACAUGAGACCAAAGCCCCAUUACCUCAUCGUAAAGCGAGACCAGGAGACCAACGAAGCUGUCUAUUGCGUCAAGGAGAUGUUCCUGAAUGCAAGGGUCAUCUUCAUUCGCUGGUUGGUGUCCUUCUGGCUAGAGCCCCGUCCCAGCAGUGGGACUCACAUCCCCGGGGUGGAAGGAGACAACGUGCCAAAGAACAUCCAGAAAGCAGCGGCGGGCCUGGCUGCAAGGGAGGAGAGCGUGAUUCGAGGUCCCGAUGGACUAGAGGGUGUUGGGGAACCGGAACAGUCUCACUCGAACACCAGCACCCUGACAGAGCGGGAGCCCAGCUCCUCGAGCCUGUGCAGCGUGGAUGAGGAGCACCUCACUGACAUCGAGGUGCUGCGCAAGGUCUUUUGCUCCUCUAGGACCAACGUGAACUUCAUCACCGAGGUGUUCCGACAGGCCUUCCUGCUCCCCAUGUGUGAGGCAGCUGCCAUGAGAAAGGUGGUGCGUGUCUACCAGGAGUGGAUUUCUCAUGAGGACAAACCCAUCUUCAUGAGGGAGCCAGAAGAGGAGUCAUGCCUACCUACUUCAGCCACCGCUUCUAACGGGGACCAUGCUGAUUCUGGACAAAAUCUGGAGAGGGAGGAGGACAAAACACUGAAAGGCUCCAACGGCGGCAGAGACUCCAAUUGGGCACACAGCUCAUCCUAUAAGGCAGUAGAAGAAAGUGUGUGUGCAGGAAUGCAGGCCAAUUUGCAGGUCUUUAUCACCAACUCUUCCAACGUCUUCCUCUUGGAGCCAGCCAACGACGUGAAGGUUCUCUUGGAAGAGCAUGUUGAUAUGUGCAAGCGUGUCCUCAAUAUCUACCGCAGCCUGGUCAUGCAUGAGACCAUGGACCAGAAAACCUGGGAGCAGAUCCUGCUGGUGCUCCUCAGGGUGACAGAAUGUGUGAUGAAAAAGCCGCCGUCCAUCAUGCCCCAUGGGAAGAAGAACUGCAGUCUUUCUGGGAGGCUGGCAGGGGCAAUCUUUCAGACGCUGAUUGUGGCCUGGAUUAAAGGCAACCUAAACGUGUACGUCUCACGCGAGCUGUGGGACGAGCUUCUCCAAGUGCUGUCCUCCCUUACCUGCUGGGAGGAGCUGGUCACGGAGUGGUCCCUCACUAUGGAGACCCUGACCAAAGUGCUGGCGCGCAACCUGUACAGCCUGGACCUCGGCGAGCUACCCCUGGACAAGCUUAGCGAGCAGAAGCAGAAGAAGAAUAAGGGCAAAGGAGGCGCUCAUGAGGGACAGAAGCUAUCAGUGGAUCGGUCCUUCUCCAAGGGCUGGAGCCGCGACCCGCCGGGACAGGUGCUGAUGCGGCAGCGUAGCGCCACCACGGCCGGCUCCCCGGGCAUCGAGAAAGCCCGCAGCAUCGUCCGGCAGAAGACUGUGGCGCUGCGGAGCUGCUCCACAGGCGACAGCCUCCUGUCUUCAGCCUUUAUCCGCAGUGCUAAAAGCGCCCCAGUUCUGAUCCACCCUCUUCACCCUCUCCUGCCUGAUUCUGUCCUCACUCCCCUAGCUGACGAGUUGUCAGAUCUGGAAGACCCUCCCAUCACCGUCCGUGGUCCUCGCACUCGGCACUUCUCCCAGGGUGAGAACACGCCCCCCUCGGAGGUAUUCUCCGCCCCCGGCGAGGAGCAGCCCCUCCCCCGCAGCAGCAGCACCUCAGACAUCAUGGAGCCCUUCAUCACCGAGCGGGUUAAAGGUGCCCUCCCUGUCCCCGACAGCCCGUCACACGCCACUCUAGACGUGGGUGAUAGCAUCUAUGACCAUCUGUGCCAAAUGGGGGGGUCUUCAGGGGGGCCCCCGGCCAGGCCUGUGCCUAGCCUGCCCCCCCAGGGUGAGGCAGGGGAGGGCUGGGGGGACGAGGAGGAAGAGGAGGAGGAAGAUGAUCUGCUGGCCUCACUCAGAGAGUACCUGCAGCUGAGUGGGGUGGGGGACAGUGAGCAGGCAGAGGAGCCCGAUGCUGACAGGGCUGUGGCAGAGCGGGGGGGGGGCUCAGACGGUGCGGACACAGACGAGGGCAGCCCCGAACCGCCGGAGCCGCCUUCCUGCUCAGAGCAGUGUGCCGGGGUGGGUGUGGCCUUGCUCAGACAGGAAACCGGUGACUGUGAGGCCGAUCUGCUCCCCCAGGGGCCUCGCCCUCUGGGCCCCAGGCCCCUCAGGCCACGCCUGGGCCGCGGAGGGGUCCGGAAGCGACUUCGGGCGCCGCACGUGAGCUUCCGUCCCUCCACCGAGUCCGUGCAGUUCCACAACCCUCCAGAAGCCAAGGAGGCACCUUGGAAGACCCGGCUGCGCAGGCUGGGCCACUUCAGCGGGGGCGGGUCCGGCCACGCCCUCCCAGGGGCGGGGCCUCAGUGCGGGGACCCUCUGUCAGAUCGGGAGGCGGCGUUCUCACGCAGGAGGCUGGUGCCUCGAUCCAGGCCCCGCAGCCAGGAGGCGGGGUGCAGCCCCGGGCAGCAGCAGCAGGGGGCGCUGGGUGGGGUGUAUAAGUGUGUGGUCCAUGCUCUCUCCAAGCCCAAGACGCACACGUCCCCCCCGCGGCAGAGCAGGCCCGCGGCCGAAGCACCGCUCAGGGAGCUCUACUCGCAUGUUAUGGGCUAUUUUGGAAGGAAAGCAGCAGCCACCAAAGAGGAGCUGGGCCAGAGCCUGAGGGCAGCCUCCACGGACACAGGCAGCAGCAACCCAAACAUCAGCGACAUGAUGGAUGAGUUCAUCCAGGAGCGUUUGCGGGCCCGGAGCACCGCGGCCAUCACCCGGCGGGGGAGCAGUCCCGGCAGCCUGGAGAUACCCAAAGACUUCCCGGACGAGCUGACUCGACAGGGUGCGGCGACGCGGCCCGUCGACGACCCCGGCGUUCCCUCCGAAUGGACGUCGCCGGCGAGCGGCAGCGGCAGCGACCUUAUCAGCUCCGACAGCCAUUCGGACUCCUUCAGCGCCUUCCAGGAGGACUGCUGCAAGUUUGAAAAUUUCAGCUUCGGCCCCGAGGCGUGCACCAUGGGCUCCCUGGAGCAGGACAGCCCGGCCGCCCAGGCACAGAUGGCUGAGGAGCAGGAGCUGGCCAGCCUCACUACUCUGCACAUCGACUCGGAGACCAGCAGCCUGAGCCAGCAGGGCCAAUCAGCUGACACCGCCACCAUUACGGGCUCAGAGAGUGCCUCACCCGCACAGUCCCCCCGGGGGUCCCCCUCCCAGACCCCCUCCCCCGCAACCCUCACAGAAUCUAUAGAGCACAGAGAGCUACAGCUGGACCAGAAGAUGCACCACUCUGUCCUGCAAACCCCUGAUGACCUGGAGACCAGCGAAUUCCCAACAGAAGACUGCAGUGUGAUGGCAGGGGGCUCCCUGACUGGCUGGCACGCUGAUGUGGCCACAGUGAUGUGGAGGCGGAUGCUUGGCAUACUGGGAGACGUAAACUCCAUCAAAGACCCGGAGAUUCACGCCCAGGUGUUCGAUUACCUGUGCGAGCUUUGGCAGAACCUGGCUAAGAUCCGGGACAACCUGGGCAUAUCUCUAGACAACCAAAGCUCUCCACCUCCGCCAUCCCUGAUCCCCCCACUGCGCAUCCUGACGCCCUGGCUGUUCAAGGCCACCAUGCUGACAGACCGGUACAAGCAGGGCAAGCUGCACGCCUACAAGCUCAUCUGCAAGAUCAUGAAGCGCCGCCAGGAUGUGUCGCCCAACUCGGACUUCCUCACGCACUUCUACAACAUCAUGCACGGCGGCCUGCUUCACCUGGACCAGGACAUCGUGAACACCAUCAUCAAGCACUGCUCCCCACGUUUCUUCUCCAUCGGCCUCCCGGGGGCCACCAUGCUCAUGCUGGACUUCAUCGUGGCGGCCAGUAGGGUGACGGCGUGUUCCUCCCUCAAUGCCCCCCGAGUGGAGGCGCAGAUCCUCCUGGGUUCCCUUGUGUGCUUCCCGAACCUGUGCGAGGAGCUGCCUGCCCUGCACCCCACCACCGCCGAAGUGGUCGUCACCAAGUUCAGGGACGUCAAGGAACACAUCAUCAAACACAUACUGCAGUCUGCCCGGGAGGAGCCCUCCGCACCGGCCAGGUGUGUGGCGCUGUGCAGCCUCGGCCUGUGGCUUUGUGAGGAGCUCAUACACGACACACGGCACCCGCAGAUCAAAGAUGCUCUUAACGUGCUCUGCGUCACACUUAAGUUCCCCAACAAAGCCGUGGCCUUGGUGGCGACCGAUAUUGUGCACCUGCUCAUCAACUAUGUGGACAACCUCCAGAAGUUCCCCCCGGACACACCCAAGAAGAUUAUUGAGGUGCUCCUUGCCACCAUUACCCACCUGCUUCCUGCUACAGAGUCAUCACCUCACGAGCAGGACAAGAGGCUGGUGGUGGCAUUGCUGCUCUGCCUGCUGGACUGGGUGAUGGCGAUGCCUCCCAAAGCUCUGCUGCAGUCCGUCCGCACCCAGGCGUCAGAUAAGGUCCAAAAAUCUGUCCUCAGCUGCAUAUUUAAGGUGCUGCACGGCUGUGUUUACGGUGCUCAGACCUUCACCAACCCCAAGUACUUCCCCAUCCACCUGUCGGAUCUGGCCAGCGGCGACUAUGACCCCAUGCUGCCCCUGGACAGCCUGAAGGAGCCGGAGCCUCUGCACUCGCCGGACUCGGAGCGCUCCACCAAGCUGCAGCCAGUCACUGAAGUCAAGAGCCGCAUGCAGCGGGGUCUGAUCCCCAUAGCGGCUCGCACGGUCAUCACGCACCUGGUGAAUCACAUGGGCCACUAUCCGAUGAGCGGCGGACCCGCCAUGCUCACCAGCCAGGUGUGCGAGAACCAGGACAACCCGUACAGCGAGAGUGCCGAGUUGUCACCUGAGCUCUUCAGCAGCCCCAACCUGCAGUUCUUCUCGCUGAAUGGGGCCACGCUGCUGUCCAGCCUGCAGAUCCGCGCGGAGGACGGCGUGCCGGGCGGGGGCAUGUCUGCGGGCCUCGCCAGCACCAGCGCCUGCGUCCGCCUCAUCGUCCGCGACAUCUCCGGCAAGUACUCCUGGGACUCGGCCGUGCUCUACGGACCGCCCCUCUGCCCGUCUCCCUGCCCGCCCCCGCGCCCGCCGGGGCCUGUCCGCCAUGCCGUAGAUUGCUCCCAUGGGGGCGACGUGCAGUGCCAUAACGUGGAGGAGGAGGAGAAGAUGGAGGAGGACGAUGAGGUGGAAGGGGAGAUGGAGGUGGGUCAGGAGGUGGCCAUGGAGGAACCAGAGGAGCAGCCGGAGGAGGUGUGCGAGGAGGAGGAGGAGGAGCCAGAGGAUGGCAUGAGCCCACCGGCGCCCCCUCAGGCCAAGCGCCGGUGCCGGGAGUCAGUGCCGUCCUGGGACUCGGUGCGGGACGGGGAGGACGCCCUGGAUGAGAUGUUGCGUUACCUGGGCAACAGCAGCCCGGAAUGCCUGCAGCGGGCCGGCGCCCCGCUGAACGUUCCAGCCCCGCCACCCACCUGCAUCUCCGAGAAGCAGGAGAACGACGUCAUCAACGCCGUGCUGAAGCAGUUCACGGAGGAGAAGGAGCUGGGUGCGCGGCGGGACGGGCGGCCCCACGUGCGGGCACCGCGCCAAGCGGAGCCGGCCACGCAGAGCCCCCAGUCCGCCUUCUACUACUGCAGGCUGCUGCUCAACCUGCUGGGCAUGAACUCCUGGGAGAAGAGGAGCAGUUUCCACCUUCUGAAGAAGAAUGAGAAGCUCCUGCGGGAGCUGAAGAAUCUGGACUCGCGGCAGUGCCGGGAGACACACAAGAUCGCCGUGUUCUACGUCGCCGAGGGCCAGGAGGACAAACACUCCAUCCUGUCCAACACCUGUGGCAGCCAGGCCUACGAGGACUUUGUGUCCGGCCUGGGCUGGGAGGUGGACCUGACCAGCCACUCUGGCUUCAUGGGCGGCCUGCAGAGGAACCGCAGCACCGGCCCCAGCAUGCCCUACUUUGCCACCUCCACUGUGGAGGUCAUGUUCCACGUGUCUACACGUAUGCCGCCCGACUCGGACGACUCGCUCACCAAGAAGCUCAGACACCUGGGAAACGAUGAGGUGCACAUCGUCUGGUCGGAGCACUCGCGGGACUACAGGAGGGGCAUCAUUCCCACUGAGUUUGGGGACGUCCUCAUCGUCAUCUACCCCAUGAGGAACCACAUGUACAGCAUACAGAUCAUCAAGAAGCCAGAGGUCCCCUUCUUUGGCCCCCUGUUCGACGGCACCAUUGUGGACCACAAGAUCCUGUCAACGGUGGUGCGGGCGACUGCCGUCAACGCCAGUCGAGCCCUCAAAUCCCUCAUCCCCCUCUACCAGAACUUCUACGAGGAGCGGGCCCGCUACCUGGAGACCAUCGUGCAGCACCACCUGGAACCCACCACCUUCGAGGACUUCGCCGCCCAGGUCUUCUGCCCGGCGCCAUUCCAGCAGCUGCCCUCGGAGUCGGGCUCGUGUCCCGAGAGUCAACCGGCCGAAACCCCAGCAGUGCCAGGAGACGGGACUGACUUGCCUUCACCGAUGUCGCCCCGCGCCAGCAAGAGCCGCAUGUCCAUGAAGCUGCGUCGAUCCUCAGGCUCCGCCAACAAAACCUGAGCGUCGCCCAUGCCCCACGGCCGGGCUGCACCCCCACACGCUAGGGGGCGGAGCCCCGGCAAGCCACCGCCUCCUCCACACCCUCCGACACGCAGCCAGACGUCAUAUACGUGUAUUUACGGUAGAUAUCUAUAUAUACACAUAUCCAUGUGCAUAGGUAAUGUACAAACAAAAAACAAACAGAUGUGUAUUUUUGUGUGUCUGCUGCAUGGGAUAGCAGCUAGAGCGUCUGCUUAGACGUGAUUAUUAAUUACCCACCAGUUAAUGCUCUUAGCCUCGUGCUAACGUCUGUCAUCUUAGCUGUGGUCACCAUGGCAAGGUAGUGAAGGCCUUCCCAAUGGGAUCCCAUCUCGGGUCGCCUCAAACAUUUACUGUAUUCCACACCGAACACACUUUUAUAUCUGUACAGUGGUAUAUACCUAAAAGAAUAAACCUUUCUUUAUUAAAGGGCUGGAUGAAAGUAUCCUAGUGUUUCCGAGCUGGAAGGUUUUUGCAGUGGUGUUGCCUUGCGAUUUGGUUCCCUAACUUGGACUUGUGGCUGCACCAGGAAUGACAACAUGCACUGUUUUUUUUUUCCAUUUUUCUUUCGAUUCUGCUUCUAAUGAAUGUUUUUUUGAUUUUUUUUUUUUUUUGAUUUUUUUUUUACGCACUGUGUAUAAUGCCCUAUGUAUCCCUUCUCACUGCAAGCGGUUAUGUAAAAAUAUAUAUGUUGGUAUGUGAGUGAGAGGUAUGUGUGUAAGCACUGGGUAUCUGUAUAUAUUUCACUGUAUUUAAAUCUGCCAGGAACAGAAACUUCAGUUAACCUCCAGUCACCUUUAGGACGAAUGGCAUGUUAGAAAUCCUGCUCUGACCUGACUUGGCGACGACGCCCUGGCACCACAAACAAACACUUCAGCUACAGAAGGGAAGACUCUCACCGGGGAGAGGAGCAGUCCUCCAACAGGCCUGUCCCUCUGAUACGGCUGGAUACCAGGAGCUCUGCGGUCUGCGCGCGGCCCUGAGGAGCUCUGCGGUCUGCGCGCGGCCCUGAGGAGCUCUGCGGUCUGCGCGCGGCCCUGAGGAGCUCUGCGGUCUGCGCGCGGCCCUGAGGAGCUCUGCGUGGUGGUGGACAGCAGGGCCGAUUCAUGCCACGGCUCCCGUUUUUGCUUUGCUGUAUUUUUACAUCCAUUAUGUUUGGUAUAUUUCUGCGACGGCAGCAGGUCUUCUGCUGCACGACCCGUGUUUGACCUCACGUCACUGGCCUCCGUCUGCCCCGAUGGUGAUCCCGUACCCGCAAUCGCACCGUGAAUCCCAGUGAAUUUACCUUGUGAGUUGCAGUCGCCAGUGCAAGCAACGAGAACGGCAGCAUUGGAACAUUUUUACGCGGCCUGACGUCCGGAGAAGCAGAGCUGCUUUGGUCCACCCUGAGAACGCGUUGGCCUGGAAUGCCCAGUGUCCGUAGGACCGCCGCCCAGCCCCGGCAAUGGCGCCCCCCACCUCCCAGUCUUCCCAGUGCCCACGUAUCACUGAGGUGCCGUCAGGUCAUUCGGUGUAUGUCAGGACUGCAGCAUGAGGCAGUAGAAGCUGCAUGAGUCUGUUACAGAACCACUCACUGUUAACGCCAUCGCUGUCAAACAUUAGAUUCCCUGUUUGUAAUCGCUGUACAGGAAGAACAACAGACGUGCUAUUUACUUUGACAAUAAAACUGUUCAAACGGA